AUGAGUAAAUAUUUGGUGCAACUUUACGCCCUCUUCAUAAAGAUUUUCCUUCGCAAGUUGCGAUCACCCAUUUUAACCGCCUUUGAGGUGUUGUUUCCAUCGCUAUUCAUCCUAGUGCUAUCAUUUUGCUACUGGGAGAGUCCAAUUGUCAAAGUCAGUCAACCUGAUUAUUCGCACACACCAAUUUUUAACACCACCGUUUACUUUAAAGACAUCCUUUGCCUUAACCAGAAUUCGAAGGCAAGGCUCAACUAUCAUCGGUGCAUUGCACCUCCCUCAGAGUUAAGCUGUUUCAGCCUUAUAGGUAAUGGCGAGGAUCUCUGUUACCCAUCAGCCUUAUCUAAGCGACUUAAUGAUCUCAAAUUUAUGCUUUACAAUAUCAAAGGUGCACAGGCAAUACCAUCAAUGGAUGCCUAUCUAAUUGAAUCUGCUAUUGUUACGCAACUAUCAGGGAACCAAGGAUCGAACUUUCUUGGACAUAACACCUGGACCAGCUAUUCGCAUUAUGGGAAGUUGCUUGUGUCGAGCGAUAAUCCUUCCCUCGCUCAAGAGUUUAUGAGAUUCUGUGCAUACAGGAGUGGCAUGUGUGAAUUGGUGCUCCACCCGACUAUCUUUCCAAGCUUAGAGUCAGCACAAGACUACGCGGUGGUGCAUAGCGGGGAAGUAUGGGCGAUUGUUCAUCUUCCCAAUAACACCAUUUCGAAGGUUCCGAAGGCCGAAUUCACCAUCAGCAUGAACUUUACAGCCACCCCUACGACGUAUGUAGCGGAUGGAAAACCGACAGUUGGUGAACAAACCGGAAUCGAUUACAGCACAGAUAUACUUUACUUGGCUAGCGGAUUCUCAACAUUGCAGAGUUUUGUGCAAGAAUACUAUAUCCAGCGCAACGUUGCCAAGGGAAUCCGAUCUCCGUAUGAUGUCAAGUACAGGUGUAAUAAUAGGACGGACGGCACGAGUUGCUUCAUAAACUCGUAUGGGAUAUAUCAGAUUCCUAUGCCUAGCCAUUCUAGAGAGAUCAACGCUUUCAUGAAUAACUGGGUAUACUUUAUCCCCAUGGUUAUUGUACUGAGUGGAAUCUUUCUGGUUGCACGCUUUACGUCAACCAUUGUUGAAGAAAAAUCACGUGGAAUUCGUGAGUCUAUGUUGAUAAUGGGGAUACAUCCACUCUGCAUUAUAGCAAGUUGGUUUAUCAGUUCCUUGCUCAUCAACAUCAUCGCUGCAAUGCUUGCCACUCUCUUAAUGAAAAUCAGCUUUCUUAAAACCGUGAACUUUGCUGUGUUGCUCAUCCUUUACUUCAGCUACCUGCAUCAGAACAGUGCACUAUGUCUUCUCCUGAGCACGAUUUUUUUCAAUCCCUCCCUCGCCUCCUGGUGUGGUGGUCUCCUGGUCUUUCUACUUUCUUCUGUUGCCUAUGCCAUUCCUGAGGGAGUUUCUGCUUUCACCCAAACUAUGCUAUCUUUUCUCCCCUGCACAGGCGUAGCCCAGUCUUUAUUCUACAUUCUGAAUUAUAUUCAGAUCAGGGAGGGUUUUACCUGGUCCGAUAUGGACCAAGAUAAUCUCUAUGUGAUCAAGGGCAUAGGCGUCAUGUGGGCCUCUUCAGCGAUCAUGAUCGUGCUAGCACUGUACCUCGAUCGUGUAUGGCCCAUGACGAUUGGUCGGCAUGAGCACCCCCUCUUCUUCCUUGACUUUAUCUUUCGAUCCUUCCGUAAGAAAGGGAGUUUGUACUCCCAGCACAUGGAAAAGCCAUCUACCAGUGAUGGUCCAGAUCAUCCUCAAGAGAAUUUUAAGGAGAAUAUGCAAAGAAUUCCUUUAAUCGAGAACCCUAAUGAAGUUGUGGAUCCAAACGAUCCUGAAACGGUUGUGGCCUUCAAAGAUUUGCGGAAGGUAUAUAUCAGUGGUGGCUUAUGGGGCCUCAUCUACCGGAUCUUCACCAGUGUGUUUCGCUUGGGCGACCGAUGUGUCGCACUAGAUGGAGUCAGCUUCGCCUUGAAACGCGGCGAAGUCAGCGUUCUUCUUGGCCCCAACGGCGCCGGGAAGUCCACGCUCAUGAAAUUGGCUACCGGUACGAUUCGGCCUACCUCGGGUGACGUGUACAUUAAGGGGCGCAGUUCUACCUAUGGAGACGUAAGGAGUCUCCAGCACAUCGGCUACUGUUCGCAGUCCGACAUCCUGUGGAUGUCGCUCACCGUAGAGGAGCACUUGUCCUUCUAUGCCCGCGUCAAGGUGCACUCCUUCAACGUUCAGCAUUAUGUUGACAAGGCACUCGAAAUGAUUAAAUUGGAGGAAAAGCGUCAUUCCCUGGCAGGAACCCUCUCUGGUGGCCAACGCCGCCGUCUAUGCUUCGCAAUCGCCAUGGUGGCGGACUCUGAGGUGUUGCUUCUGGAUGAGCCCACCGCCGGUAUGGACUUUGAGACCCGCAAAUUCGUCUACGACGCGAUCCAACUUAACCGCAAGAACUGCAGUGUCUUUAUCUCGACUCAUAUCUUGGAAGAGGCAGAUCGCCUUGCAGAUCGUAUCCUUAUCAUGAACUCGGGCAAGGUCAGCGGAAAUGGUAGUCCUAUGUUUCUAAAGUCGUGCGUGAAGGACAACUAUAAAAUUAGCUGCGUACUUGAAAACGGCUUGAGUAUACAAGAGGAAGAGUAUGCCGUCAAUACCAUCAUCGACUUUGUGCGUAAUAAUGGCUACCCUAUUGAUCGUGAGUUCGGGAGUCGCACAUUGGAAAUCCAACCUCAAUCCUGUCAAGCGUUCAGGAUCGAACGACAUGGGUGUGAAAUGUGCCUGAAUUUACCGUAUGAUUGCCUCCUUUCCACAGGCUGUGAGCUUUUCGAGAAGCUGCAGAAUAGCAAGGAUAUGCUGAAACUCCGUCAGGUUAGCCUGAAUCCCCCGACGAUGAAGGAUGUCUUUCUUUUCCUCGUCGCAGAGCAAUUCCAGGAAAGCCUCAACCCACUCAUCGGCGAACCGAAAUCCGUCGACCCGCGGGAACUCCAAGAGGAAAAGUGCUACAAGUUUCACAGCAUGAAUGCGUUUUCUGUUUUCUCUCGCCACUUUCGCGCACUUUUUAUUAAGCGUCUGAACUUCUCGAAGCGCGACAUCAAGCUACUGAUCAUCCAAAUCAUACUCCCUUUGGCUUUUAUUCUACUUUCUCUACUAAUCGACUUGGUACCUGGCCCGUCCCAGCCGAGCAUUCUGCUUGAUAUGACGAUGUAUUCUAAUCAUGCCACCACCCCGUCGCAGGUGCUUUUUGGUUUUAACAGCGCGAACUCACCAAAUACCUUUGGUUUGAGUGACAGCGUGAAUAAUAGUGCACUCGGCGAACACUACGUUAGUAAAUUUGUUAGUAGCUCUCUGCCAAAUUUAAAUACCAUCCAGCUCUUCACGGAAAUUCUGUCACGUGAAGAAAAGAACCACAGUCUACCCCGCAUGAUCGCACUUGCACCUAAUAUAAUCGAUCAAGAUAAUGGACGUACUUAUGCGGCGAUUAUGUUUAACAACUCCUACCAUCAUACUGUACCACAGGCUAUCAAUUCGCUCUAUAAUUUAGAGACAGAACGGCUUUUUGGUGAUCUUGCACCGAAGAUCGUCGCGCGCAACGCCCCAAUGCCAUUAGGGCAUCUUCAGCAGAAAGUGGCAAACUCUUAUAAAGCGAUCGUUUCCGGUGCCUUCAUUACAUUACCCUUCCUGCUAAUCCCCGUCUACAUCAUUGGCUACAUUGUGCGCGAAAGGGAAACGGGCGCGCAUCACAUCCAAUGUCUUUCCGGUGCCAAUGCCGUUGCCCUUUGGCUCAGCUCCUUUUGCUUCGAUAUGGCUUGCUAUAUCAUAACGACAGGUUUGACAUUUGUUGUAUUUGUUAUCUUCAAAAAAAAUGAGUACGUCGGCUCAGACAUGCUGUUCCCCUCCCUUUCCGUCUUCUUGCUUUACGGGACAUCCUCCAUACUGACGAGCUACUUGCUUGCAUCCUUCUUUAAAACGCCGCAAGCCGCGCAAAUGUCGGUACUGUUAGUGAAUUUUACGACUGGAUUCCUCUGGACGACUUUGGAGACUUUAUUAUCGAGAUAUUGGACUGAUCUAGUGCGGAUCUUGGCUUGCGUCAUGCGUAUCUUCCCGACUGCGUCUUUUUCUGAGAGCAUGAAAAUUAUUUCCACCCAAAAAAUGGUUGCUGCGCUUCGCCCGGCAAAUGCAACGGUAAACAUGUUUGGUUGGACACAUAUUAAUCCCAGAUUAUCCGAUUGGGGAGGAAUUGGCACUGAUCUUGUUUAUAUGGCUGGAAUCACGAUUGCCUCCAUCAUCGUGUUCACUAUUGUUGAAUACACCCGCAUUAAACGCCUCAAAUGUCGAAUUCCUACCUUGAGUGACAACGACGCUCCAGGAGCAGAUGAAAUCGAGCCGUAUGAAGUCGAUGCAUCGGUUACAACUGAGAUCGAGCGUGUGCGCCAGGAAAUGAUCGAUCCAGAGAAGGACUCCAUAGUCGUUCAACAUCUGUCGAAACGUUUUCCCGGCAUGCGGCGGAAUGCUGUAAAUGAUUUGAGCUUUGGGGUGCACAAAGGUGAGAUAAUGUGCCUGCUUGGCCCCAAUGGAACAGGUAAGUCUACCACGCUAAAGAUCCUCGCUGGAGAGGAAGUUCCCUCCUGUGGCUCGGCAUACAUAAAUGGCAUCUCGAGUGAUCAGCGAGUCUCUCGCAGUUACAUUGGCUACUGCCCUCAGUAUAACCCAUUACUGGACAAUCUCAGCCCGGUAGAGCACUUAUGGUUGUAUGCCCGUCUGCGUAAUAUUCGCGAGGAGUGUAUCGAAGACGAGGUGAGCUCACUCAUCCAAGAGCUUGGCUUGUACCCUCAUCGUCAUACCACGGCCCAUGCUCUCAGUGGUGGCAAUCAACGCCGCCUUUCCCUUGCUAUCUCUAUGGUUGGUCGUACCAAGAGUGUUUUACUGGAUGAGCCCACUGCCAAUAUGGACAUCCUCGGUCGUUUGCAAACGCAGUCGACGCUAAAGAGAAUAGUCAGGCAGAGGUCUGUCAUCCUUACCACGCACCUUCUCGACGAGAUCGAGACCCUCGCGGAUAGAGUCGUCCUUCUUAACCAUGGCAGUAUGCACUGUAUUGGCACUUUGAAGGAUCUCAAGAAGCGCUAUGCGGGAAAUGAAGAGUACGAAGUCUAUAUGAGCUUCCCAGAUAACUUUAACUUGCUUGAACAAAAUACGGAAAUUUUAAAUGCAAUACAAAAUUAUUUUCGUACGUUUUCUACGCAUCAGGGUGGUAUGAAUUAUCUUAGGAUGCCCCCAUCGGAUACGUUAGAGAUCGUUAAUAUCCAGGCUUCUGCCGUGACAUUUGUUAUUUUUAUUGAGCCUUUUGAAAUCAUGCGAUUCGUGGCUCAGGUAAAUAAAGGCGCUGUAACAGAUAUACCAGCCGUAAAAUAUGUUGGUAUCACGCAAAAAUCUAUUGAAAAUAUAGUGCUCAUGAAAUAA